UCCAUUCAUUGCAUCCUAGUGUUGGUAACAUUGUCAUUAGAAAAUGAGUCUCCGCAAGAGAAUUGACAUGGCUUAUCCAUACUAUUCUCCUCCUCCACCAGCGUUGCCGCCGCCACCACCUGCUUGUGUCACGGCGCAACCGCCACCACCGCCACCACCACCACCACCUGCAUGCACGCCACCACCGCCACCACCACCACCACCUGCAUGCACGCCACCACCACCACCUCCACCUGCAUGUAGUACGCCGCCGCCACCACCACAAACACCACCUUGUCAGUGCGUCCAACCACCUCCCGUUGCUUCGCCACCAAACCCUAGUGGUGGUCCGGUUCCACCACAAUCACCAACUCCACCGCCACCACAUCACUUGCCACCACCAAUACCACCACCAACUAGCAGACCACCACCACCGAUUAGCGGCCCACCACCAAAAUGGCAACCACCAACAGCACCACCACCAACAACACCGGGUCAACCACCACUUGCUGCACCUCCACCAAAGUUGCAACCAACACCACCAGGUCAACCACCACAUGCUGCACCACCACCAAAGUUGCAACCACCAACACCACCAGGUCAACCACCACAUGCUGCACCACCACCAAAGUGGCAACCACCAACACCACCAGGUCAACCACCACAUGCUGCACCACCACCAAAGUUGCAACCACCAACACUACCAGGUCAACCACCACAUGCUGCACCACCACCAAAGUGGCAACCACCAGGUCAGCCACCACAUGCUGCACCACCACCAAAGUUGCAACCACCAACACCACCAGGUCAGCCACCACUUGCUGCACCACCUCCUACAAUACCUACACCAAACUACUCAAUCCCACCACCACCAUCAAACGUUCUAAUACCGCCGCCGCCUCCAGGAGGAGGAGGCAACAACCACACAACCGUCAUAGUGGUGUGUGUCUCUCUUGGUGGUUUAUUCUUCUUGGCAUUCCUUGCAGUUGGCCUCUUCUGCUUCGCUAAGAAGAAAAAGAAGCCCAUACUGGUCCCAGCAGCAGCUGCUUGUGUCGAAGAGCAACCUGCUUGCCCCGAGGAGCCACCGCCGCCGUGUGCUGAAGAAACUGAGGCUGUGGCAGUAGUAGUUGAGGAGGACUAUGGCCAAAUUCAUGAAGUUGGAGGCAUUUCCAGUUAUGGUAGUUCACAACCCGGUGUCGCAGGGGCUGCAAGUAGUAGUCAUGCAUAAUCAAGCCAUCGGCAUUAAUGUGGUUAAAGAUCAUACAAUCUGCUUGCAUUUUAGCUCUGCUUAUUGGAAGUGUCUUUUUUUGUUUGCUUCUUGUAGGGUUUUCUUGAAUUGGAAAACACACACACACAUACCAUUUGUUGAUCGAUAGAAGUGUAUAGUACAUGUCACAUAUCUGUCCACCCUCUUCUGCAAAUUCUGGAUUAAAUAUUGUCUGAUGGGUUUGUAUUCAUUUGAUUGAAUAUUGUAUUGUAUUAUAUUUGUUCA